ACAUAACCCUAAAUUAAAUAUAUUUUUAAUAAAUUUUAGAAUAUAAAUUUUUAAAGUAUUAUAAAUAAAAUGAAAUUUGGAAAGAAUUUAAUUAAAAAUCAAGUAUUAGAAUUUAGCUCAAAAUAUAUUAAUUAUAAGGGAUUAAAAAAAGAAAUCACAAAUAUUUGUUCAAAAUCAAUAGAUUCCAGGGAUUUUACAUCAUUUUUUUUAGUACUCGAUGAUAAUAUAAAAUUAGUUGAAACAUUCUUUAACCAAAAGAAAAAUCAAAUAGUUCAUCGAAUUGGUUUAAUUGUAAAGAAAUAUCAUUUAAAUUUACUUAAUGAAAAUAAUAAAUCUCUAAAUCUUCGAAGUGAUGAGAAAGAGGAUCUUUUAAUCUUAUUACUUUCUUUACGAUCAGAUCUUCAAAAAAUAUUGUGGUAUGCAGAAAUGAAUAAGAAAGGGUUUUCAAAAAUUUUAAAAAAAGUUGAUAAGAAAUUUGAUAUGUCAAUAAAGUCAAGUUAUAUGGAGUCUAAAAUAUUAGCGUUUUUGGAGGAUACAACAAUAAUAGAAUUACUUCAAAACGUUAAUAAUUAUCUUUCAUAUCUAAAUAACGCAAAUUCUUCAAAGGAAUUUAAAAGAGAUAUUAUGGACUCAAUUAUUGACAUUUCAUCCAAUUCUUCUUUUGUUAUUUCUCCAGUUCUUGCAACAGAAAUACAAACAUCUAUUUAUCAAAAUAAUGCAGAUAAUUUUCAAAUUUUAAUUGACAAAUUAAGAUCCAAAUCUCUUUCAAAUAUUCUAAUCAAUUUAAUACAGCAGUGCCUUGUUGCUAAAUCUCUAUCAUGUAUUAAAGUAGUUUUUCCAUAUUUAGAUGUGCUUAUAGAAGAUGAAGAGAUAAACGAUAGAAAUCUUAUUCAUAAACAUGUCAUAGAUAUUGGAAGAUGCAAAAUAAAUGCACUCAAACGUACAGAUAAAAAUACAUCAUUACUUCCAUAUAUUGAUCAACCAAUUUAUCUUGCUCCAACUACAACGAAUUUAUAUAUUUAUACUGGAAAUUCUAAUUCCUGUGAUUCUGAUCCUAUAAUCAUAGAGGAAACAGAAUCAUUAGAAUUUUUACUUUCUCAAUUUAGACCAAUUCAUUAUAAAUAUUUAUCAGGUCAAGAUAUAUAUCAACGACUUCCUUUACAUUAUGCUGUACAAUAUGGCCUUCUUAAAACUACUCAAUUAAUAUUAGAUUAUAUGGUAAAAUGGGGCCAAUUAGAUCCUAAAACUGAUAAUUUGAAUAAUUCUAAAUGGAAAGAUUCAGAAGGAUAUACUCCAUUACAUUGGGCUAUCUUAAUUCGUAAUAUAGAAAUUUUAAAAACGUUACAAACCAUGAAUCAAAAAAUUGAUCCACUUUGUCAUGGAAAAAAAAUUAUAUAUGAAGAAGAAACAGAAAGUAACAACACUUAUUCUGCUUUAGCUCUUGCAGUUAAACUCGAUUACGAUGAGAUAGUAUAUCAAUUGCUAGAAUCUGGAAUGGAUAUUAAUCAUCAAAAUAAAGAAGGAGAAAGCCCACUUCAUAUUGCUACUCGUCUGAAUAACAUAGCCAGCGUUAAAAUACUUUUGAAUGGAACAAAAAAUCAAAAGCAAAAUACAGAAUUACGAGAAAAUCUUUAUGGAUGGACAUCUUUAUUCAUAGCAGCAGCAGAAGGCUUUAUUGAAAUACUACAGCUGCUUGUUUCUGCAAAUGCAAAAAUCAAUGAUGUUGAUUUUUCUGGGUGGACGGCCCUUGAACAUGCUGUUUUUAGAGGUCAUAUGAAUUGUGUUAAUCUUUUAUUGACACCGGAUGUACAAAAAUUUGUCCAAAAACAUGCUUUAAUACAUGGAAAUCCAGAUAAUAUGAAAAACGUACAUAAAUUUACUAUAUAUGAUAAGAAUGAUGAAUCUCAAGACGAAAUCAAGGAAGAUAAUUCAUCAAUCCCAUUACCAGAAAACGAUUUUGCAAUAAAAGUAGCAUCAAUAAAAAGUUUUGAUCAUGACUAUCUAAAAGACGAAUUAAUGAUUGUUGUUACUUUAGGUUCAACUGAUAUAAAGAAAAAAUUGAAUCCAGUAGAAAUCAAUGAAAUUUCUUUUAUAGAGGCAUCUAUUUCUCAACUAGAUACUCCUUUAUCCUUAAUUGUUAAAGCCAAAAAUGCAGAUGGGGGUAGUACAGUUAUAGAUUUGCCAACUCAUUAUCGUAUAGAAACUGAACCUAUUAUCUUUAUUACUACUAAUUACGAAAAAAUGGAGCUUUUCUUUGAUAUUGUUCCGACAUACAGUAAAAAUAGAGACGUACCUAUUGGACGUGCUGUUGCUGUUUUAUCAACUAUAAAAAAGAAUCUUGGCAAAGCAAAAGAGUCAUUAAAUGGAGAAUUGAAGAUUCCUAUUUUAGAAGUAAAUACUUUAUCUGUUAUUGGGACUAUAAACUUUGAAUUUAGAGUUAUUACUCCAUUUAAACAUCCUAAUAUGACAACUGAAAAUAAUUCUACAUAUUGGAAAUCACUAAUUAAAACAAGAGUAAUUGGUCAUAGAGGACUUGGAGAAAACCGUGCAUCAAAAAAAAGUUUACAACUUGGGGAAAAUACGCUACAGUCAUUUAUUUCUGCAGCAAAUCUAGGAGCAUCUUAUGUAGAAUUUGAUGUUCAAUUAACGAAAGAUUAUAUUCCAAUUAUUUAUCAUGAUUUCCUAGUUUCAGAAACAGGUAUUGAUAUUCCAGUUCACAAUUUAACUUUACAGCAAUUUUUGGCACUGUCGGAUACUAAACAAAGUAAAUCUUCUACAUUUUUAGAUAAAUCAAUUUCACCUUUGUCUUCAAAAUUAAAAUUCGAAUCUGUAAAACGUUCAAAAAGUCAAUAUUUUAGUAAUUUUAAAGAUCAAAAUGAAUUAUAUGAACGAAUUAAAUAUACCAGAGAUUUUAAAAUUAAAGGCUACAAAGGAAAUGCACGUGGACAAAGUAUUCAAGGCCCUUUUAUGACAUUAGAAGAGGCCUUUAAGGAAAUACCUACUAAUGUCGGAUUUAAUAUUGAGUGCAAAUAUCCUAUGCUUCAUGAAGCAGAAAACGAAGAAAUGGAUAAUAUUGCAAUUGAAUUAAAUAAAUGGGUUGAUACAGUUUUAAAGAUUGUCUAUGAUCAUAAAAAAGAUAGAGAUAUAAUAUUUAGUAGUUUUCAUCCGGAAGUGUGCUUACUUCUAUCUUAUAAACAGCCCUCAAUACCUAUUAUGUUUCUUACAGAUGCUAAUAUAUCUACUAGAGAUAUUAGAAGUGCAUCUUUACAAGAAGCCAUUAGAUUUGCAACUAGAUGGAAUUUGUUAGGUAUUGUUUGCAAAUCUGAUCCAUUAGUAUUGUGUCCACGUCUAAUUCGUGUAAUUAAAGAUUCUGGUUUAGUUUGUGUAACAUAUGGAUCAGGCAAUAAUGUCCCUGAAAAUGUUAAAUUGCAAAUACAAGCAGGAUUAGAUGCUGUUAUUGUGGACUCUGUUUUAGAAAUUCGAAAAGGACUUACAAUAGAAAAUAAUGAUUUAUAA